UUUUGUGCACCAGCAGCGCGCGAAGAGCAAGGACAAAGAUGGAUAUUCACGAUUACACGCUACGUAGUUUUACUAAUCUUAAUGUAGACAUUCCGCACCACGUGGAGACAUAUUCUGAUUACAUUCUUAUGAUUGCCUCUAUGCUGUCGAUUUGAGAGUUACCUUCGCUAAUCCGGGCAAGAAAAAUACAAAAUGAACAGAGUGACGCGACAGUCGCCAUAGAUCAACCAUACUAACCAAGCAUCUAGUUUGAGCGGACCCUUCUAGAACGAGAUGAAAGGCCGGACUGACGCCCCUCAGGACAGGGGCUGGUUGGUGGGGAUCAUCUUCUUCAUCCUGGGCCUAGGAACUCUGCUGCCAUGGAAUUUCUUCAUGACCGCAUCCAUGUAUUUCAACAACAGACUCAAUGCCACAGAAUGGCACAACGGAACGGUCACCGUUCGCAGAGAGUACUACUUCAACAACUGGAUGACCCUGCUAUCCCAGCUUCCCCUGCUGCUGUUCACACUCCUCAACUCCAUCCUGUAUCAACGGGUAUCGGAGAAGAUGCGUAUCGCCGGCAGCCUGGUCAUCAUCCUCAUCCUCUUCAUCUUCACGGCCAUCCUGGUCAAGGUUCCCAUGGAGGAGGACAGCUUUUUCUCCGUCACCAUGGGAACCAUCUGGUUCAUCAACUCGUUUGGCGCCAUUCUGCAGGGCAGUCUGUUUGGCCUGGUGGGUCAGCUGCCUCAGAAGUACAGCGCCGUCUUCAUGAGUGGCCAGGGCCUGGCCGGAGCGUUCGCUGCUAUCGCCAUGCUGCUAGCCAUAGCGAGUGAUGCGGACUCUGAGUCGGCUGCUCUGGGCUACUUCAUCACUCCCUGCGUGGGGACACUGGUGACACUACUGAGCUACCUGGCUCUGCCUCGCCUGGAGUUUGCCCAGUUCUACUUGGACAAAAGUAAGAGCUACGAGCUAGGGGCUACUGCCGGACUGCUUAGAGAGAGUGGCGCGGUAGAGAACGGCAAGCGGAAUGGCCAUGCCAGCAGCGCAACGGCUAACGGCGGCGUCGAGGCCGAGGGGGAGAGCGCGGCGGGGGACAGUGGAGGCAGGCAGGCCUUCCUGGACAUGGAGAUGGAGGACAGGAAGCUGUCCGUCAUGGAGGUCUUCAAGCAGAUCUGGGUGAUGGCGUUUUGUGUGGUGUUUGUCUUCAUUGUCACCCUGUCCGUGUUUCCUGCAGUAACUGUGGAUGUUAAGACCAUCUUCCCUGGAAAUUGGGAACGCUACUUCAUUUCUGUGUGCUGCUUCCUCAUGUUUAACGUCAUGGACUGGAUUGGACGCACUGUCACCACCCUGGUUCAAUGGCCCCCGAAGGAGAGUCGUCUGUUCCCGGCAUUGGUGCUCUCCAGGGUGGUGUUUGUGCCCCUGCUGAUGCUCUGCAACGUUCAGACGCGCUCCUAUCUCCCCGUGUACUUCUCUCACGACGUGGCCUUCACCGCCAUCAUGAUGCUGUUCUCCCUCUCCAGCGGCUACUGCGUCUGCCUCUCCAUGUCCUACGCACCCCAGCUGGUGAAGCCCAAAGAUGCGGAGACGGCCGGAGCUCUGAUGACCUUCUUCCUGGCCUUGGGGCUGUCCAUAGGGGCCGCCCUGUCCUUCCCCCUGAGGGCGCUGGUGUAGGCGGGCUGGAGCCAGCCCGUCUGUCUGACCAUCUCCAUCCCCUGCAGUGACAAGCCGUGGCCCAACACCAGGGGAAAUCUGACCGCCACCAUCUUUCCACCCAAGACAGACCCAGACCUAGAUGGAACCCAACUAGAUUCUAGGUAUACCGGGCAAUUGAACAGUAAAUCAAAACGACAAACUGUCCUACACAAGAGUGCCAAUGAGAGGGAUUAGCUUGACAGGUUAGCUCGCUUCCACAGCACGUCGAAGCCAAAGCUAAGUGACCGUGACUAAGAACAAAGAUACUUUUUUUUAUUUUUUUUUAUUUUGAUCUGAUCGUUGUCUCAAUGUUUUCCGUACACUUAUUCGUGUGCCGUGUUUUGCUAGGUUUAGUUCUGUAGGUAUUAUUUGGUAGUGUAUGCCUUAUGUCUCAUCUUGCUGUACAAGCUUGGGGGAAAAGUUAUUUAUUUUUUCACAAUUGGAAAUCAAUAUUACUCUUCUGAACUCUACCAGGGUGUUCUCCUUCAUGAAUGGAAGAUUUUAUUUGACUAUGAGACUUCAUUUCGAUUUAUGAAUUUAGCAAACUGACAUGCAGUAAGGGAAUACAGAUAAGACAACAUCAUAUCUCGGGUACAACAUUGUAUCAUUUCUCAAGAUGGGAGUCUUUGCACCUUGUCGGAAGGUUGGCAGUCACUGGGAAGUGGGUGAGCAGGCAUCUUCGUUGUGGGCUCAGGGCCUGAGGUGUCCCCACCCCACGUAGCGGAACACUAGUCAGGCGUAGGACCCAGGUGUCCUGGAGGUGUGUGUGUGUGUGUGUGUGUGUGUGCCGUCCUGUUGGCCGCAGAUAAAGUAAGACUGGUUAAGGAAGGUUCCGCAGGAGCUAUACCAGUAGAGCACUGUUCCAGGGAUGGAGAGGAGAUGACCCUGCCAGAUGCUGCAGACAGCCCUAGGAGGAUCAGGAGAGGUGUACCAAGUGUCUGCCUGGAGAGCCGUCUGAGUUUUUUUAAAUGUAUUUGUUCCUAAUUAAAAAGGGAGUAAGGUUAACAACAGCCUGUGUCAGAGUUUGUAUAUAAAUGAGAGAUACCUGUCAGAAGUUGUUGACGGAUGGGUCCAAUGUUGGAUAGCAUUCCAUGACGAGUUCUGACUACGCUACUCUAAUGGCCUGUAAUUAAAGGGCAAUGUAUAGGUACUUUUGUCUAAUACGAGUACUGAGCAAAUAAUUACUGCUGAGAAACUUUACAUAAGAGAGGACAACCUUUUGUUUGAGUACAAUAAAGUAGUCUGCGUUCAUACUUUUUAAUCUGCCUUUAAUUUCUCUAAAGACAAAGCAGACAAGCUCUAAUCUGUACUCUGGUUUUUUUCCCCCCACAACACCUGUCAUGGAAUACUUUCCAAUCCAAUGAGAUGUCAACUUUUUUAUUAUAACAAAGUUGCUGUUACAGCACUCGGUAUUGAAGUUUUAUUUUGUGUAUAUAUAUAUUUUUUACAUUCUCUUUGUGUGUGGACUACAGAUAUAUCCACAAUGUUCUGAAUGUUUGACAUUCAUUGAGCGCACCCCUAGCCGUACCUCUCAUUGGGAUUUACUGGUUAAUCACCCAGUAGUAUUAUAAUUGGAAUUAAAGACAGGAUGUUAAGGGUUGGCCGUCUUGACUCAACCUAUCGUGAGCUAUUUUGUUUUACUGUGGUUUCAGGCUAGUGAGCUUGACAGUAUUCAAACCCACAUCUUCCUUCCUCUGUACACCUGGAACUCACACUUCAGGUUUGGAAAAUGACUCCUUACAGGUGUUGGGUAUGGCGAUUGUUCCAAAGAAAUGAGUACUACUACAUUUGGAACCGUAGCAAUCUGUUCUAGUAGCAUGUUACUUUGACGCAUGUUGGCACAAUUCUUAAGCAUCAUGAAUUGGUGUAGACGCUUGUGAGACUCUAAAGCUGGAGGGAGUCAGAUGGCUGAGCGGUUAAGGAAUCGGGCUAUUACUCCGGUUGCCGGUUGCAAAAUGACAUUGUGUCCUUGGGGAAGGCACUUCACCCUACUUGCCUCGGGGAGAAUGUCCCUGUGCUUACUGUAAGUUGCUCUGGAUAAGAGCGUCUGCUAAAUGACUAAAUGUAAAUGUAAAGCUGGGUUUUUAGGAGAUGUGUAAAAGUGUGCCGUUUGCUUUGCUAAAUUUCUAGGAAAGAUGGGGGUUUCCUGCUUGAUGUUUCGGUUCCAAGCAGUAGGGCCGCAUUUUGCUUUUGAACUUGUAACUAGAAAUGUUGCUCUCCAAAAAAAGUGGCAGCUGUUUUGAAGUGCAGUUGGUGUGAAGUUAGUUGGCGGCCAAUAUUGGUUUUCACCUGAAUGAAUAAUAUUUUGUAUUAUUUGAGUUUUUCUCUGGGUUAUGUAUUUAAACCAGUGCUAAGUAGCAAAGGUUUUAAUACAAAGCCCUGAACAGAAAUCUCAAAUAAUAGUCUGACAUCUGUAACUUUGUUUUGGGCCUUCCCUUUUUCUGCUUUCCAGUUUACAUAUUACCGAGACAACAGAUGUCUCAGUCCAGUCUUUUCUGCCCCAAUAAAUGUAAAUGGAUUCCCAUUGUUAGAAAUAUGAAAAGCUGCUAAAAUUAUUAAUGCUCAUGGACAUACUCGUUUUUUUGUAAAGCGAUGCAGUUGUACAUGUAUUCAUUAUUUUAACCGUACUGACACAAACUAUACAUAUCGUUUAUUAACUUUUUUUUUUCUUUUUUCACAAAUCUACUUAGUUUACUGACUUAGAAUUAUAAAAGUUUGCUUUUAGAUUAGUUUAAUCGAUCAAAUUGUGAGUUUUCUUGACUGCAGUGAAUUGAAAUGGUGUACUCUUGAGGGAUGUACAGUAAAACGAGGUUGUGUGUGUGUGUGUUGUUGGCAUUGAAAGUAUGAACCUUAGGGUUUAUAAGGGCUUGAACCUGUGCUGAGCCUGUUCAAGAAGCCAACCCCUCAAGAGGAAAGAAACAGGAAAUAUUGACAGUGGUCCAAUCCUGAGACAUCUACAACGGUGACUUGGCAGUUUAGCAGGGGUUGUUUCUGGCUUGUCUGUGUAGAAUUAGGACUUCUGGUAGACCAUUGAGUGACAGAUCUACUUUUGAGAUGCAGAUUUACCAUUGCCAUGAGUAUUGGAUCGAAUUGAAAAGAUGCAGAUUAAGAUUUUUCAAGAACUAGGAAGCAGAUAAUUCAGAUGCGAGUUGUAGCCUACUUUGUGUACAGGAAACUGUCUUUACUUGAGGAGCAAGUUGGACCAAAUUACUCCUUUGUUUUUUUUUUACUACUCAGUUUUGAAUCAGAAUAACAGUACUUGAAUUAUUAGGUUUGUAUAGUCAGCAAUAGUAUAGAGGUAACUUGAUUGUAAUUAAGUCUGGAAAUGGCUUUGAUACCUGUUCACAUUUCUUUUUUGUUCAACAAUUAUAUGAAGCGUACAAAAUGUUAAUAUAACAUUUCCAUACAAUUGGAUAUACCAUCCUAUAGAAGGGUGAUAUGAGAGCUCAGUUAAGUCUAAAAUCACACAGCAAAGUUGCAUAAAGAAAUUACAUUCAAGACAUAACAUGCAAUGUAGCUUUGUGUUCUUUUCAAACAAAAAAGUUGCCAAUGAUCUUGA